AUGGCUGAUGAUCCUGUUUUGGACAGGGUAGAUCCUCUGGGAACUACGGUUACCGACGCUAACUUGGUUGGGGGAGUCUCUGCUAGUGGUCGGACCUCUGUGAUCACUGGUUUAACUCCUCCGGCGAAUGCUCAGGUGGGAGGAUCCAGGGCCUCCGGCAGUGGAGCUGGAUUUGUGCCUUUGCACGGGUCGGAAAACUAUCCAAGGGCGAACCCUUUUGCUUCAGAUCCAAGUCACACCCACUUAUCAACCCCAGGAACCACCGUGCCUCAGAGUUUCCUCCACAAUACCUUCUGCACCAGGCGCAGCAGAUGCACUUUGCAGUCAUGUCCCAGUACUACCCAAGUUACAAUCCCUCGGCCACCCCUGUGGCCGCACCGCCCAGAGCUUCUGAGUUUCAGGAUGGUCGUCUUCCGAGAGAAGAAGGUUGCCAUGGGAGUUCAAAGUGUCUCGGACGCCACGGUGUGCAAAGUUUUCCCUUCAACGUUGAGUGAUGCAGCGCAAAAAUGGUACCAGAACCUCAAGGAGGGCUCUAUUACCAGUUUCAGGGAGCUCGCCAUGGCUUUCAAAACCCAUUUUGCCCCGAGCAUCGAACGAAAGAAAAGAUCCAGUGAUUUGAAGAAGUGUUUUCAAAAACCGGGAGAAAGUUUAAAAGCUUACAUUGCUCGAGGUAACAAGCCGUUCAAUGUUCAGACCAGUCCGCCGGGUACGGGGCCUGGACCUAAGCCAAGUUUCAGUAUUGGAGGAGGAACGGAAGGAUAUGUGGACCGAGCAGGAGUACCGAGACAAUACGUGCCACUUAACACGCCAAGAGAGCAGAUUCUGUCCUGGAUCAAGCACAACAACGAAGAGAUUCGUUAUCCACCAAGGCUAGUGAAAGAUGGAGACCGAUCCAAGUUCUGUGAUUUUCAUGAUGGUUAUGGCCACGAAACGGAGGAAUGUGGACGGGGAACCUCAGAAUCUGAGUACGGUCGCAAGCGCAGAAAGAAAAAGCAAAAGAUGGUCAUGUCGGUAUCUGCUGGGUCGCCAUGGCCUAACAUUGUUUUCGGGCCAGAGGAUGCGAAAGGAGUAGAUUUUCCUCAUGAAGACGCCUUGAUCGUGUCAGCCAUCAUUGGAUCGAAAUGGGUAAAACGAUUGCUAGUGGACGAUGGAAGUUCGGUUAACUUGUUGACUCUGCCAGUUUUUCUGACAAUGGGAGGAUCCAAGACGGACCUCAAGCCUGUGAACAUUCCUCUCCUGGGGCUGGGGGGAGCUCCGGUCACCCCAGAGGGCAUGGUCGAGCUGGAUCUGGAGCUCGGCAUCGAAAUACCUCAGGAGGACGGAACAGAGGGAAUCCUGGCGGAACCAACACGGAAGCUGGGGGUAGAUUGGCCAGACGAGCACCGGGAGGCUAUCAUAGCUCGGAUAAAACAGUACGUGGAGGAGUUCACUAACAAGCCAGAGGAUAUUGGGGGGGUAGACCCUAAGAUCAUCUCGCACAAGUUAAAUGUGGAUGCGAAAUGCAAGCCUGUCAAGCAAAAGAAAAGAACUUUCUCUCUAGAGAAACAGAUUGCUAUCCGAGAUGAAGUGGAGAAGCUCUUGAAAGCCGGGUUCAUCAGGAAAGUAGACUACCCUGAAUGGCUGGCUAAUGUAGUCUUGAUCAAGAAGUCCAACGGGAUCGAGGAACAUGCAGCGGAUCUGGCAGAAACUUUUGAAAAGCUGAAGGGUUUUAACCUCAAGCUGAACCCAGAAAAAUGUGUCUUCGCAGUCCGCUCUGGGAAAUUUCUAGGGCAUCUCAUCUCGGAAAAAGGCAUUGAGGCCAACCCGGAGAAAAUCGAGGCAGUAAUGAGCAUGAAAGCACCCAGCUCGGUGAAAGAGUGGACAGAGGAGUGUAACGCAGCUUUUGAAGAGCUGAAGGUUUACCUUAGCACACCCCCGGUGCUGGGUAGACCUGAGCCUGGGGAAAUCUUAUACUUGUAUCUCUCGGUGAAUGACGAAACAGCAGCGGCAGUCCUGGUAAAGGAGGAUAAGGGUCUGCAAACCCCGGUUUAUUAUCUCAGCAGGGUCUUGAAAGGCCCGGAGGUGGCGGCGGAAAAACUAAGGAGAUAUUUCGAGGCUCACAUCAUUGUAGUACGUACGAACCAACCUCUGAGAAAGGCGCUGCAGAGGCCAGAAAUGUCGGGACGGCUAGUCAGUUGGUCGGUCCAGCUGGGAGGAUAUGACAUCCGGUACGAACCAAGACCGGCUCUGAAAGCACAAGUACUGGCAGAUUUCAUAGCUGAGACCACUGCAAGCGACCAACCUGAAGAACCUGACGAACAACUCCUACGGUGGGUAUUAGAAGUCGACGGGGCAUCAAAUCUAGAAGGAUCCGGGGCAGGCGUAGUCUUGAAAGGCCCCCACGGAGUCACACUCCGAAGCUCGGUAAAAUUUGAUUUCCCGGCAUCCAACAAUGCCGCGGAAUAUGAGGCUCUGUUGAUUGGAUUGAGAAUGGUAAACGUGGUCAAAGCCGAACAAGUAACGAUAAGGAGUGAUUCUCAGUUAGUCGUUUGUCAAACUCUGGCAACAGUGAACGAAAAGAUACCAGGAGUCCAUUUCUCUGUUCAAAAGCAUUCCAGUAUCGACAACUAUGAAACCAUUUUUCUAACUCAGCCUUUGGAAAACUGGAUGCAAGGUAUAGCCCACUACCUGAUGGAUGGAACUCUGCCAGAAAACAGAGAUAAAGCUUACAAAAUUUUGCGACAAGCUCCGUACUACGCGUUCCUCGACGGAGUCUUGUACAGAAAAUCAUUCACCCACCCGUGGUCGAGAUGCUUGACAGCGGAGGAAGGAGAGUAUGUGUUGAGAGAGAUACAUGAGGGUAUUUGCGGGGCACACAUAGCUCCUCGCAUGUUGGCCAAGAAAGCAGUAUUGCAGGGCUACUACUGGCCCCUGAUGGUUAAGCAAGCAGAGGAGAUAGUAAAGAAGUGUGAGAACUGCCAGAGACACCAGAACAUCCGACAUGCUCCUACUACAGAGCAGUGUCCUAUUACAAUGGCAGUAGAUCACUUCACUAAGUGGCUCGAGGUAGAGGCAGUGAGCACCAUCACGGAAGCUCGGAUUCGGGAUUUCUUCUGGAGACAAAUUGUGUGUCGUUUCGGUAUACCCAGAGCGUUGGUAACUGAUAACGGAAAGCAGUUCAACUGCCGAGCCUUCAAGGAAUUUUGCAGCGACUUGCACAUUGACCUGCGCUUCACGUCAGUAGUUCACCCGCAGAGCAAUGGGAUGACUGAAGUAACCAACCGGACGAUCCUAAAAGGGCUCAAGGCCAGGCUAGGGGAGUUCGAUAGACAGUGGCUGGAAGAGCUACCGAAGUUGGCGAUCUGGUCCUACGACGGGCAGACAUUACUAAGGGAAACGCGGGAGUAG